CUCACUGCAAGAAGGACAUGCCGGUUGUCCUCCAGCUUGCGGUAUCACAUCUCGGUGCUUUCCGCGUGUCCCAUGCUAAGCCCAGCGGUUUGCAUUUUUGGGCUGGAGCCUCCCUUUUCUGCGUGUCCCAGGCAAGAGCCGAUUUUUUCGCGUUCAUGGGACACGCACCUCUCGCUUAUGGUACGGACGCUCCGCAUGUUGCUUCCUGUCCUCUCACCACUGACGAUGUGCACCCCGUGCACCCUCGCCUGCUCUGGCACAGGCAAGCUGCACCACCAUCUCAAGCUGUUGCAGCCGUGGAGGUCGACAACGAGUUCCACACAUUGUGUUUCACGUCGUCGAGAGGUUCGGAUUUUCUGCCAACUCUAUCUGCAGCAUUGCUGAUCAGUCAGUUGCCUUCCUGUGCCCUCCGGCACCUUCUACUUGCUUUCUGGUGCCCUCGAAGCACCUCCACUUUGUGUAUCUUUUUGUAUUGCUGACCUUA